AUCGUGGUGCUGAGACCCCUCCCCUCAAUUAACGGGGGAGCUGAGACCGCCCCACCAUUAACGGAGGAGCUGAUACCCCCUCCCCUCCGCCCCCCAUUAAGGGUGGAGCUGAGAUAAUCCUUCUCCUUAAUGGUGAGGCUGAACUCCUGCUCGUUAACGGUAGAGCGGAGACUCCGUCUCCCCUCUGCCUUUAAGCAGGAGCUGUCACUACUCCCUUCAAGGGGGAGCUCUGCGCUGGGCCGCUCGGGCGGGACGCGGUGCUGGCUCUCACGGGCUGCUCUGUCCCGGCGGGAGGCGCAAGCCGUUGCGACAGGUACCGGCACCGGAUCGCGACCCUUCAUCCCGCAGAGCCCGGCAGGACGAGCCUCCGGGCAGACAGAGCAGAGCCCGAAGAUCGUUGAGGCCUCUCUGGUCUUCUGACACCUGGAGUUGCUGUCACUGAAGAACUACACAUGACAGAACCUGAGGCUGUACCGAGUACAGAAUUACCGAAUACAGCUCUUGAGCUCAUGCUCCACAGUUUCCAGAAUUAAAAAUCACAAAGCAAUCCAACAAGUUUCCAUCCUGGACUGUAAACCAAGACUGAAUUUCCAAGGCCUGGACAUUUUUGCUGAUUUCCAUUCAGUGUUCUUGUGCAAGGGAUGUCAAAAAAUACAACACAUACCUUGACUAACCCUCACUCAGCUCUUCUAGGUGUGUUCCUGGGGAGCAUUUCACUGAUCACUAUUGUCAUGAAUAUAUUAGUACUCUGUGCUGUGAAAACUGAAAAGAAGCUGCAAACAGUUGGCAAUUUAUACAUUGUCAGCCUCUCUAUUGCAGAUCUUAUUGUGGGUGCAGCUGUUAUGCCCUUGAAUAUUGUAUAUCUCCUCAAUUCUCUGUGGACACUAGGCUUAACAGCUUGUUUGUUCUGGCUGUCCAUGGAUUAUGUGGCCAGUACUGCAUCCAUUUUCAAUCUCUUCAUAUUGUGCAUUGACCGUUAUCGUUCAGUUCAGCAGCCACUGAAAUAUCUCAAGUAUAGAACAAAAAUGAGAGCAUUGCUAAUGAUUUUGGGGGUUUGGUUUCUCUCUUUCAUGUGGGUCAUUCCAAUCUUAGGAUGGCAUGUUUUUGCUAAUGAUGGGAAAAGGCUAGUAGAGAAAAACAAAUGUGAAACUGAAUUCUCUAAAGUCACCUGGUUUAAAGUGCUGACAGCCAUUUUCAAUUUUUACCUACCCUCUAUCAUGAUGCUAUGGUUCUACUAUAAAAUAUUCAGAGCUGUUCGAAAACACUGUCAACACCGAGAGCUCAUCAAUGGAUCAAAUCGGUCUUUCUCAGAAAUAAACUCCGUAUCUCAGAGUAAGGUGAAGGACAAGCGAAAUACUUGCCUUCAAAAGCAAAUCGUAGAUGAGAACAUCCCUCCCAAAGAGAAGCAAAGCUCUCCUCAGGCCGAAAAUACAGAGGCAGAGCUUCAUUUCAGUAAUCCUGACAUGUCUUCAAAGGCUUUUGCUACCAAGAGUAAUAGGAAGGUCCUUAAACGGAGCCGUUUUCCUCUCACCACUGCCCAGUCUCAGCCAGGUCUGGAUGAAGCAGGAAAGAACUAUAUGUGUGUAACAAAAGACAGCAAAAAUGAAGAGGAGCCUUGCUCCCAAGACAGUGACUUGAGUGAUUCCUCAGACCACCAUAGUUUCACAAAGCAGGAACCCCACAGAGAGUACUCCAGUCCUAGGGUCUGCAGUCCUCAGGAACAGACUGGGAGCAGGGAUUUCAGAGGACUCACUUACCUGAGGAAGACCUGGCAAAGUCUGCAUACCAGUUCCAAAAGGCACAUUAAAGGACUGCAUGGGAACAGGGAGAGAAAAGCAGCUAAGCAGUUAGGGGUCAUAAUGGCAGCCUUUAUGCUGUGCUGGAUUCCCUAUUUCGUAUUAUUUAUGGUAAUGGCUUUCGAAGGACCUGAACAAUUUUCAAAAUUACACAUGUUCACCAUAUGGCUUGGCUAUGUGAACUCCACCUUAAAUCCAUUCCUGUAUCCUCUCUGUAACCAGAAUUUCAAGAAGACAUUCAAAAGGAUCCUUCACAUUCCCUGAUAACGGUCUGGAGUUUUUGAGCUAUAAAGCAGCUGAAGGGUUCAACCGACCAAACCGUUCCAGUUUCAAAUACAAGCACCACAGAUAAAGUAGAAGACUCUGGAAAACUGUAAUUCAUAAACAAGUGUUCAUAGAAGUGGGAAAUGAGCAUUUAACAGCUCUAACACAUUUGCAGAACUAAUUCGGGUCAGGAAUCUGAAAAAUUCAGGGGCAAUCUCAGAACUGUUACACUGUUGUACGCAUUUUACAAUUGGAGAUCACCUCUGUCACCAUGUAGAACAAAACCUGGAGAUACAAAUAGAGAUCUCCAGUGAUUAUAAAUUAUUGAGCUACAGAAAAUGAAGAAACAGAAUAAGGUUUCUGUGACUGGCCAAAUAUAUUUUUCUCUUUCAAGUUACUCCCAUCAACCAUGUGAACACAUUGCUUGUGAAGGGAGACCUGCAAGAGGAGGUACUUUGUAUAGCCAAAGAAAGACGCCUCAACUGCUUGAAAAUAUCUGCCCUAUUUAUUUCUAGCUUCCUGUAAAUCAUAAACUCUGAAAUGCGGAGUCAUACUGUAACCUACCAUAUGUCUUUGAUACCAUGCUUGCUUUAUUUAUACCUGUACAUGUUAACCUCACUGAAAAAAAUAGUCUUUUUACGUCCUAGACAUUUUGCAAAGGCAUUCCAUACUCAAAACACUUAUCACUGUCCAUACAAGAAGCGUAUGCUGUAGUUUCUAAAAUUGCAGACCAUUGUUAAUUAUAGACUACACAUUUUCUUCUUACAAGCUGCCAAAUAACCUAAGUGUACAGUGGCAAUACUGCUCUGUAUAUCCUUAUCUUAUAGCAGGCAAACUCUUCCUGCUUUAAUGAGUCAAAGUCAAACUCGCAGAACAGAAAAUAAAAUACCUUAAGUAUGUUUGCAUUUUCUAUCUUUGACAUUUAAUUGUUUUUAUAAAUCAUGCUGUAAACGCUGUAAAACAUCUCAGGAGAAACACACAAUAAAGAAUACUUUAAGUUGGAAAAGUUCUUGGGAAGACAUCCAAAUACAAUCUGCAACUCAAAGCUGGGCUGGCUGUGACAGAACAUCAUGGUGCUCAGGGCCUCGUCCACAACUCGAAUGACAAGCGUCUGUACAAACAGCUUCAUCUGGAAAAGCUGGGAGGCAGCCUUCACAGACAAGUGCGCAGGUAAGCUUUACUCUACCAACUUUGAGCAUUCACUUGCUCAGCCAUUGAUUUAACUGUUUCCAACUGUUAACUACUUCUCAAAACCAGAUAUGCCCUGCCUUACACUAGGAAUCAAUCCCUCCUUCCUAAGUGUGGUGAGGUAUAUAUUUGUUCCCAAAGGAAGAAAACAUAACUCCUCAGCAAAAAAGUAGAGGCAUAUGUCAUGUGAGCAAACUUAUCAGGGAGCUGACCACAGAACAAUUAUACCAAAGGAGAUCUCGGAUUCUAUAGUAGGCACAUAGCUCAAGGCUGCGUGUCGCCUGUUAUGUAGCAUGCCAGUGAAGUGUUCGUUCUGAUUCUUCUGAUACGGAACUGAGGGAAACAUUUUGAACAAAUACUAUGGAGUAGGUUAGUUUUGAGAAGGAAUCUCAGGUGAUCCUGGGUAAUCCCUGAGGAAACAAAACCACAGCACCUUAAGUCAGCUACAGCUGAAAUACACCUACCUAAGGGCUACUUAUAGUUACCAGGAAGUCUGUCCUCUUGAUCAUGACAAUUGUGUUUUCCGACUUUAAAAUGUAUUAAUACAUGAAACAGCAACCUGAACAAAAUCAGUGAAAACUGGUGUAGAAUUUAUGAGGUUUAUAACAAAGAAUGCCACUGGUACAAUUACAGAACGUUCAAAGACAGAGCAGCUAAAACUAGGCAAAUAAAGCUGCCUGUAUUUUAUAUCCCCCUUCAUUUUUAUCCAUAAUCUUAGUGUAACUGUGUUGAUAAGAAAGAUAGGGGAAUUUGUCACAGUAGGCUUCUCUGAUGUGGUAGCUAUAAUAAAGUAGGAAAAUGAGAUAGUGUGUAUUUUAAACUUCCGAUUAGCAAGGUAUUUAACAGUAUUUACCAGUUUAUUGUACUGAAUAUGCAAUUCAAAUAGCUCUGGAUAUAAGAGAAGCGGAGGAAAGCAAUUAGGCUAAGGAAUGGAGAAGCCUACUGCCACGUAGGGCCAAACCUCGAGAGAAUAGUCCAGGUGUGGUUUCCUGUAAAAUAUUUUCAGUGUUUUCCAGCGAAUAAUCAAGGUCAGAGGACACACAGCUUUCAGAGAACGUAACAAAUUUCUUGUAGUUUCUUGGACUGGAGUUCUGCUUUGAUUAAGGUGUGGUGAGAACAACCAGACCCACUUGUAAGAGCCAGAAAAAUACAUUCUCACAUUUUUUUCUGUGUCGAUGGUGACAUCUAGUGGAUAAUGACAAGGAUUCUGGGCUUCUGCAUCAACUACUGUGUAUCAUGGAAGUUUAUUAAAGGAGUGCGAUUUGCAAGUGGAUCCUGCCAUUUAGUUUGUGUUUCUUUUCCCACGUUAUUUCCAGGAAAUGUGGCACUCAAUAAAGGAAACAUUAGUGUAGGUGCACGUUUUGGCUUCAUUGCAUCAUCUAACGGGACUGCGUUACAUUCUCUGUAUGAUGCACUUUGUGAUAGCACAAUACAUGAAAAUGACUAAAAGAUUCACUUUAAAAAUGUAUUUCUAAUCUUAAGAUAUCAAUAUAGAAGCACCGUGGACAUCUCUGAACGGUUCUAGAGCGAGUCCCGAAUCCUGCAGAUUGCUGCCCGCAUCUUUCCACUGUUGUCAAGGGUGCUAGAGGACUCGCCUCCCAACUUUGAUGGGAUGGCUUAAGUUCCUAAAGUUGCGGUGUAAGAAUACACUUGAAAGUUUCAGUCCAUGUAUUCCAUCCACCAGAAAGAGAAUUAGUUCACCUGGAAAUGCCCGGCUAAGUCUAAAUACAAUGUAUACAUAGUCACUUAUUUUCUUCAUUGAGCACAAUGACAAAAUUAUGACUUUUCAUGAAAUUGUCUGUUGAAGAAUUGGGAGGCAAAACGAAUAAUUAAGGUUAACACUGUGUGAGAAAUAGAUCACGAAAAUAGUUUACGCUGCUCCUGAUAUCAAAUUCCAAAUAAUCUUUGAAAAUUAUACUUACCUGACACUGGAAUAAUUUCUACAGGGUCAUCGUGCAGUCUGACAUAGAAAUACAAAAAAACCAUCUCUUGGAUGCACACUCUAUACAGGCACAGACACAUUACUACACAAACCAGGCUACUACAAAAUUGCCAUUUGAGUUCUCGACCAGUUAAAAAGUGUAAGAGUCCUCAUUGAGAGAGAAGUAUGUUUGCCUAUGGUAAUGGUUAAAACCAUAUUAACAUCUGCUAAGCCUAACUGUUUUCAUUUUUAACAAUAUUGCUAUCCCUUAUCAUUUUGUUACCUUUACCAAGAUACCUUAUCUUUAAACUCUGAUACUUUUCCAUGAAAAUAUGCUUUAGAAGAAAUACACAGCACCCAUUGCUAUACAUUGGCACCGUGUAAUUCAAAUGAACGCCUACUGUGUAAUAAAUAUGAAUGCCCUGAGUAAAAUCAAAUGCUUUUUGUUCUAAUCGGGCAUAACUUAGUCUUCAGAAACAACAGUCAGACCUGGGAACUGAACGCAGGUCUCCUGCCUUGCAAUCCAAUUUCCUCAGUACUAAAUAGGAAUAAUCACCCUUGGAGCGAU